AAAUGACAAAUCCUAAACAUCUUAGCAAGCUUCGAUUUUCAGUUUUGGAUCUUUACUAAGAAGUGCGCACGCAAAAAAAUGGUGAUAUGCAUACCCUUUCAAAGGGGCUCCUGCCUAUCUGGUAAACGGUGUGUCAAUGAGCACAUAUAUAUCAAGGAAUUCAUCACCGAGGACGUGGAAGUUGUCUUGAAACACGGGGUGUGGCCGCUAUCUGCUUACGGUCCCUUUAACGGCAAGGGCAACAUUCCCAACCACAUCGAGGAUCAAUCAUUCGAGGAAUGCCGUUUUCGGCAUUACGAGGCCAAACGGCAGGAUCGCCUCACUUUGUAUGAGGCAGAGUACACUCGCGAGGUUGACUUGGCCACCUUGAAAAUGGCCAAUUUGCUUAAGAUGUCACCCCAGACACUGGAUACUUUGAUCAAAAUCUACGAACAGCCUAAUUCACAGCGCAAAAGUUCCUCUGUCGCAUUCGGUUCCAUAUUCGGAACGUCCGAAUCACCACGAUUGGUUGCCAGAGCCGCCCACAGGCUCAAGACUUCAAGCCUCCAGACUUCAGGCCAGAAACAAUGCCAGGUUCAGCUUCAGAGCUCCCCAGGUUUUCAAACCAAAUCAAAUGCUAUCUUAGGAAACGACAUAAAGGGGCCUUUUGGCAAGACACCAAGUGUUUUUAAGGCACCCCAGCAGAUGACCGCUUCAGGCCAGAAACAAUGCCAAUUUCAGUUUCAGAGCUUCCAAGGUUUUCACACCAAGUCGAAUGCUACCUCAGGAAACGAUCUUAAGGGGUCUUUUGGCGAGACACCAAGUGUCUUUAAGGCACCCCAACAGAUGACCGCUUCAGGCCAGAAACAAUGCCAAUUUCAGUUUCAGAGCUUCCAAGGUUUUCAAACCAAGUCGAAUGCUACCUCAGGAAACGAUCUUAAGGGGUCUUUUGGCGAGACACCAAGUGUUUUUAAGGCACCCCAGCAGAUGACCCCUUUUUCAGCGUGCAACAUCAAACAGCAGAUCCAGCCGCUGCCAUCAGGAUUCACUUUCGGGGCAUCCACAUGUCCAGUCAGCAGCACCACAGGCUUCGGGGCGACGCAGACCAUCCGGUGCGACACGUGCAACUCCAUAGUCGAAAAAUCCAUGAAUGCGAGUGCGACCAAGGACGAACAGAAGCAGAUGUUCGGCAAGCUACCACCUGAACCGCAGAAGAUCAUGGAGUAUUUAGACAAGCAUGUGGUAGGCCAGGAAUUGGCCAAGAAGGUGCUAGCGGUGGCAGUCUAUAACCACUACAAACGCAUCCAUUCCAACAUGCAACAGAGAAAGCCGACGAAGCAAGAAAAAGCAAACAACGCCAUUGACACUCUAUCGCUUCACCAGUUAAACAUCUCUGGUGACAGUUUUAUGCUCAACAGCUCAUCUAAGGAAAAGGAUUUAAUCCAUUUUGGAAGCGGAGAGGGAUCGACCACGUUUAACUGGAAUUUUCCAGAUAUUAAGUCAAACGACGUUAUUCUGGAGAAGAGCAACAUUAUGAUGCUGGGUCCAACGGGAUCAGGAAAGACGCUAAUCGCUAAGAGCAUUGCCAAGUGCCUGGACGUACCCUUCGCCAUUUGUGACUGCACCUCGUUGACGCAGGCGGGCUACGUGGGCGAGGAUAUCGAGAGCGUCCUCCUAAAGCUGCUCCAAGAUGCAAACAACGACGUAGAACGCGCCCAAACUGGCAUUGUUUACUUGGAUGAGGUGGACAAGAUCUGUGCUCUCUCUGGAACGAAGCAGCGUCGAGACAUUGGCGGCGAGGGCGUCCAACAGGGCAUGCUGAAGAUACUGGAAGGCAGCGUAGUCAGCUUAAUCGACCGGAGUCAACAAUUUAGGAAGGUCCAAAUGGACACAACAAACAUUCUGUUCGUGGCCUCCGGCGCCUACACAGCUCUGGACAAGAUCAUCGCGAGACGCCUCAACGAGAAGGAUUCUGACGUGGCCCCAACCAGCGGAGCCCUUCCCCCAGACGCAGACCAGCAUAAGCGAGAUAAGUGCCUGUCCAAAGUGCAGGCAUGCGACCUUGCUGAGUUCGGCAUGAUACCCGAGUUCGUUGGUCGUUUCCCGAUAUUAGUGCCCUUUCACAGUUUGAAUGCCAAUAUGCUUGUUCGCAUUCUCACCGAACCGCGCAGUGCUCUAGUGUCGCAGUACAAGGCACUGUUGCGCUUGGAUGGUGUGGACCUUACCUUUUCCGAGGACGCCCUAGAAUCGGUGGCCCAGCUAGCCAUAGAGAUGAACACGGGAGCUCGCGGAUUGCGCUCCAUAAUGGAGCAACUGCUGCUAGAUCCCAUGUUCUCAGUGCCUGGCUCAGACAUUCGGGGCGUUCACAUAACCGCCGACAAUGUUAUGGGUAAGGCCAAACCCGAAUACCGACGCGCUAAGGACAAGCCGCCUACCGAGUCCAGUGCUAUGAAUGCCCCAUGUCUAAAGCCAAAGCCAUUGUCCGAGGACAAUGCGCAGAAGACAGAUACCAAACCGAUCGAAAAUCAAGUGAAGUGAAGUUCGACUUACCAAGUUGGUCGUCCAAAAAAUGCACCUAUAAUUCUUUCCAAAUGUUUUUAAUCUUUAU